AUGCGGGAUAUACUCCAGAUCACUGAACCGUGUAUAAAAUGGGGUAUGGGCAAAAAUACCAGCGUAGUCCAGACUGAACUGGCUGGUAUCUACAUAGCCGCCAAAAGAGAUCACCCGAAAAGGUAUAACCAUCAUAAUCUGCACAGACAGCAGACAGGCGAUACUAACCCUGAACAAACCCCGUAUCACAUCAGGGUUAUUAAAAUCCCACCGUUUUGGCCCAACGAUCCCGAAAUUUGGUUCCUGCAAGUGGAAAACCAAUUUACGCUGGCAAACAUAACAAGUGGCGCAACAAAAUUCAACUACAUAGUUGCUAAUCUCGAAACAGCUUACAUAUCAGAAGUUAGGGACAUCAUUGUGUCACCACCAGCUACAGAGAGGUAUGUAAAAUUAAAGUCAGAGUUAAUUAAGAGACUUAGUGCAUCCCAACAACAAAAAAUUAAAAGACUACUUGAGCAUGAAGAAUUGGGCGAUCGAAGACCUUCUGAAUUCUUACGACAUUUACAGUCUUUAGCAGGCACAACAGUACCAGACAAUAUUGUAAGGUCUCUGUGGUUAGGUAGACUGCCAUCGUCUACACAGGCUAUUUUAGCUACUCAAGCAACCGCUAGUUUGGACGCAGUUGCCGAGCUAGCUGACACAAUCUCUGAAGCUAUAGCUCCUAGAACCCCAAUUUCAGAAACUUCUAACGCGCUAGAAAGUACCAUCGGGAAAUUGACAGCCAAAUUAGCUGAAAUGAAAAUUCAGCUAGCUAGCAAAUGCUCAAGCACAAACAAACACAUACCGUCGCAACCGCAGCAACUCAAGAGGCAGACCAUAUCCUAG